AUCCGUCAUACGAACGGUCAUCAUAAACCUUCAACGUUUUCUUUUAUUUUCUUUCACAAUACAAUACAGAAUUACAUACGACUACAGUAGAAUACAAUACAGGCCGUGCUUCUUUCAUCGUCGACCCUCCCGUUCUGUUAACCAUCUAUAUAUAAUCUAAUGAUAGAGAUGGGAAAACAGGGAUAGGGUAUCGGUCGUCUGAAGUUGAAUAAAGUUAGGUCUAGAAGAUUCCUUCCCAGAGCGAGAUACAAUGGGCCGAAGGAAACUGGAAAUGAAGCGAAUCGAAGAUAAGAGUAGCAGGCAAGUGACGUUUUCCAAGCGGAGAUCAGGUUUGAAUAAGAAGGCACGGCAGCUUUCCGUUCUCUGCGACGUCGAUAUCGCCGUCGUCGUUUUCUCCUCCCGUGGAAAGCUGUAUGAAUACUGCAGCGGCCGUACCGAUAGUGUGGGGCUUAUUCUUUCUAGGUAUCAGAAAAGCUGUCUUCAAGCGGAAGAGAGGACCACCCGAGAGGGGGGUAGCAGCGAUACAGGAUUUCGCAACCAGUGCAGUAGAUUUCAGACAUGCAAAGAGCUUCUACAGUCCGUGGAAAGGCUUGUUGAAGAACCGUGUGAUUUAUCUGUGCCUGACAUGACACAGUUAGAGGAGGAAAUUAGUGCUGCUCUUAUGCAUAUACGAUCAAGAAAGACACAAUUGAUGAUGAAGUACAUAUCGACUCUUCAUGAAAAGCUUGUGUAGGUAGAUGGUAUCUGGUAGGGCCGAAAGUAAUACACUGGGACGGAGGGAUCUCAAAAGUCGAAAAAUCUAUCUUAACGGGAUAAGUUACAAUUGUUGAAGGUAUUAUCAGAGACAAGAGAAAUUGGUGCUCUUCUAUCAGAUCUAUGGCUUUUUACUUGAGAAUAAGAAAGAAUGAUGUGAUCUACCUUGCAGUUUAGAUAAGCUGGAGAACGAGUUGUAUUAUCUUUUAGAUGGAAAUGUGGUAAUGAGCUAAUCAAACCAUUUUUCAUUCUGCAUUCCUCUCAGUUCCUACUCUCAAGGGUUGAUGAGAGCUAUUCUGACUAGAAAAACCAAACCAAAUUUGCCCAAUAUAUCCCUCCAGUAGGAUGUGAUGUCCACCUGUUUUGAGAAAGGCUUUUAUGAAAGAGGACGCGAUAACAAUAGGAAUUGCCGAGACGUCAAAUCGUGGUUUGAUCUACUUGAUGAGUGGGCCAGAUCAUGGUUGAUUCUGGUGUUUGGUCCAAAUAAACAGCACAUUCUGAACCGUCAAACACAGGGUUACUCCAUCUGCACCUACUGCAAUUUUAACACUGCUCGCCAUGCACCUGCAAGGUCGGGAUUUUAAUUUCAUCUUUUCUAUGUAGGAAUAUGAUAUUCUAGCUGUAUGGAGCAAGUUUCUACUAUCAAACUUCUCACCAAUCUUGACAACCAAUAACCUUGUUUUAUGAUGAAUCAUUUAUAUUCUACUCUGUUGACAUGCCAGAUAAAUCGUGAAAUAAUUUAAAGUAAUGACAAAGGUAAUCCUCAAGAACUAGUAGAAUGACAGCAAGAACGUGCCAUCUGGGAAGUACAGUGAGGAAAAGCUGUUAAACCUGUGAUUAACCUGUAUGGCAAAGUGAUCCAUUUGGUCUAUAUUUCUUGGCCAAAUAGAGAAUGAUUAAUCAGAUUUACCAGUAGGCUUUCAGGAAAGUAAGGACUAUUUAUUGCCGCAUCAAGGAAAGAUGAAAUAUUUUCUGCAUUUGGUCCAUUGGAUAGUCGGUGCAAGGCCAGAAAUUGGGGGAUAGCAGCUCCCUCUCCCACAAGCACCCCUCUCUGGUGUGGGGACUCGGGGGGUUGUCAUCUCUAACUAAACCGCCACUCUGUACACAUUCAUUGAAUUUGCUUGAUUCUAUUUUUUUAGUCAGCCGGCCUAUCUUUGAACCAAAAUGCCCAGUCAAAUGGAAUGGACAAUCAUGAAUUCUAUGAGGCUUAAAAGACCUUCACCUUUGAGUUCAUAAUGAAUGAAAUGAACCGAAAUUUCAUCCUAAAUCUGAAAUACUUAAUACAAAAAGUUGCAGGAGAGAUGAAACAUCUUCCAAACAUUAGAGCUUAAAUCAGAAAGAAAUAGGCUUAGACACACUUCCUAUGAUUUUAGAAACUGAAAUUUCAAUAUAGAAGGAUCUCUGAUUGCAUUCUGGAAGAAGUAGCCGAUUUUUAGUCAAAUAGCAUGCUACAACUAGCACUUUUUUUUUCUCUGGUAGGCCAUUGUUAAAAUGCUCAUUUUAAAUUUGUAGGCAAAGAAAAUGUGAUCAUGAUACAUUAUUCAAAUGAUGCUAAACGUACUCAGUAAAUUCCACGUGAAGUGGGGUCUGGAGAGGGUAAAGUAUUAAGGGGGGUCGUUUACCAAACACUGGGUAAGCACUUACUGUAUGCUAUUUACCUUCCGGGUGAGCAUGACAAGAACCGAUAAUCUUAGCGGUGAGCGGCGGAGAAGACUCUUACCAACAAUCCAUUUAGAUAACUGAGAAUGUUACCAAACAUGGCAAGUAAGGGUGGUGACGCUUACGUGUGGUAAACGGCCCCUAAGUUUUACUUGUACUCCAAUGUGAUCAAAAUGAUGUCCAAUGGCCAAAUAGAGAACUUCUACAGGUGUGGUGGCUCUUUCAUUGACAACACUUGCCUAAAAUAAGUAGCUUUUUGAGUAUUUGGUACAGACCCACAUAUAAUUUCUUGUAUUGUAAAUAAAGUCAACAUAGUUAACUCUUACAGAGAAUCAAUUAACAGUAUAUGAAUAAUACAAGUACAUUAACAAAUACUCAUACCUUGAAAAUGAUGAUUACUCGCAUUCACCUUAUACCGUAUUUUUGC